UUCUACGGCAUUCUUAUUUUGAAAUAGUCUAUUCGACCUUACACAACUUAUAUCAAUCAAAAUACGAAAUCGAGGAUUUAAGAGAUUGGACUUUGCGAUUGGUCGAUAAAUUUGGCUACACGGA